GCAGUCGUGUCAAAUUGACUUGGUGUUUCACAAGGUUUCAGUUUCACUAUCCCUUCCAAUUAUGUCUUCUUGCAUUCCUUUGUUGAAUCAGCCACAGAGCACGUUCAAAAUGGCCGGUGUAUUUAAAUCUGCUUGUUAGAGUGUGACAUGGUAAAUAAAGUGAAACUCAGUUGCAAAGUCAUGCAGAGUCUUGGAAGAAAAAGUAGUAGAGUGUGGUUUCUCAGCCUAGAGGCGCUGCUGGGCAGUGACGGCUCCACAUAAUAGAUCAGAGCAGGUCAUAAAGUUAUGUAAUGUGUCUUUAACAAGAAGUCUUUCUAUUGGUCUCAAACACCAUCCAGUGUGAAUCAAACUUAACAUAUCUGACAACGUUUGCCUCCUGAACACAUCUGCAUCUCUGUAUGCUUGCAUCAUUAUUGCCCUACCCACUGAAACAUAGUGAGAUGUAAUGAGCUUGUAAUUUUGUAAGGGACUCAUAAUUUGUGGGUGAAAAUGUAAGAGUAUGUACUAGGGACGUAGUCAGUGGACACAGUCGCACCAUCUUCACUGAAACUCAAGGCAGUAAGGUACUUUGGUUUGCUGCCACCUUAAGUCACAUUCUAGAUCCUAAUGCUGGAUAUGUACGGACAAAAAAUCUGAAUGACUAAAAUGGUACUGUUUGAUUAAUUUUUAUCAGGACAUGAUAGGUCAUCUAUUGGAAGUUAGAAAAUCCUACCUACACAAAACGUGUAUUAAUUCAGCUUCUAGAUCUCUGAGAUCAUGUUACUACGACAACCCAUGUCUGACAUCUGCUGCAGGUGGACCUGAGUUUCAUUUUAUAAAAGCUAUCACAGAGGAGGUUUCCUUCCUGGAGUCAGUUACUAUGGUAACUGAGUGUUACCAUGUAAUGAAGUUACUCACACUGUUACCAUGGUUAUAUGAUAAAACGUAUCUAUGUUUCUGGGACAGAAAAUUCAGAAUUUCUCUCAGUAUGGUUAAACAUAACCUGAUUUCUGAAACAGACCCCAGGUGUGGACCAGGUGUGUUUUUAAUUGUCCUGAUGAUGACAGCCUGAUAAUUAAAGAGGGCUUAUAAAGACUAGUGAUCAGAGUCAGGGUUUAACAGUCAGGAAAAUAUGGGGAUUAACGGUGAGCGCGCCGCUCGCCCACGUCUCUCCCAUCUCUCCGCGGGACAGUGAACAUGUCGGGGCGAUCUGUCCGGUCUCUGUCCGCGGUCCUACAACCUUUCAUUAGGAGCUACCAUUAUCCAAAAAUUGACGGAGCAGAAAAAUGUCAUCACAGACACACAUCCACCUACACAAGCAUACCUCCACCUGCACAGUAUGGAGGCCGGCACACGGUGACCCUGAUUCCUGGAGACGGCAUCGGACCGGAGCUUGCUAACCAUGUGCGGGAACUAUUCCGAUUCUGCUGUGUGCCAGUGGACUUUGAAGUGGUCAAUGUUGACUCCACUUUGGCUGCAGAGGAUGACAUCAAUAACGCCAUCAUGGCCAUCAGACGUAAUGGUGUUGCACUGAAAGGAAACAUUGAGACCAACCACAACCUGCCACCAUCGUACAAGUCCAGGAACAACCUGCUGCGGACUAGUCUGGAUCUGUAUGCUAACGUGAUGCACUGCCAGUCUCUGCCCGGCGUGAGGACUCGCCAUAGAGACGUGGACAUCAUGAUAAUCAGGGAGAACACAGAAGGAGAGUACAGCAGUCUGGAGCAUGAGAACGUUCCUGGUGUUGUCGAGAGUCUAAAGAUCAUCACCAGGACUAAAUCCUUACGGAUUGCUGACUAUGCAUUCAGGAUGGCUCGGGACAAAGGACGGAGACGAGUCACAGCUGUUCAUAAAGCUAACAUCAUGAAGUUGGCUGAUGGACUCUUUCUGGAAAGUUGUAAAGAGGUUGCCAGCGGUUACUCAGAAAUCACCUUCGACAGCAUGAUUGUGGACAACACCACCAUGCAGCUGGUUUCCAGGCCCCAACAGUUUGAUGUGAUGGUUAUGCCCAACCUGUAUGGAAACAUUGUAAGCAACGUGUGUGCUGGGCUGGUUGGUGGACCUGGCCUAGUACCUGGGGCCAACUAUGGAGAGGACUACGCUGUGUUUGAGACAGGAACGAGGAAUACUGGGAAGAGCAUAGCUAACCGGAACAUAGCCAAUCCCACCGCCAUGCUGAUGGCGUCCUGUCUGCUGCUGGACCACCUGAAGCUCCACUCCUAUGCAGACAUGAUCCGUCGGGCCAUCCUGUCCGCUCUGGCUGAGACCCGGAUCCACACUGCGGACCUGGGGGGACAAGGGUCCACCACCGAGGUAGUCCAGACCAUCAUGAAUGUUGUUCAGAGUGGAGGACCCCAAACACUCAGCAUCUAGAAACCUGACAGCAGGAGGAGGAUGGAGGUUCUCAUAAAAUCUUCUAUGCAACUUUAGGAUAAAGCUUAUCUCUAUGUUUUCUAAUCAUGGUUGAUUGGGUUAAACUGUUUCCUGGUUGAUGAAGACGAUGAAUGUAUUUAUGAAAUAUUAUCCUCAUGUUUUUAUUAUCCAACAAUCUCUGAUGCUCCGUUAUGUUUUUAGAAAUGAUCAGUAGACAAAAUGGUUUUACGCAUGAUGAUGUAAAUGUAGCAGAAUUAAAACAAAAUCUUGGAA